AUGUUUAACGGUAACAGCAAAACUCUUCGAAUGCUGAAUAUCGCUGUUGAUCGGGCUACGCUUGCGGUUCUAGAAGAUAUCCUCCUUUAUAAUAGCCGGCACUUUGCGUCUAUCGACUGCCUUCACCUCUCCAGCACAAAUAGUGCUGAUGACAUAUCAUGCAAUUUAGUGGUUGAUCUGGCAUUCCGUAUCGGCAAGAAUGCCACAAUUCUGACAUACAGCGGCGGUGGAUAUACCCAUUUUUCUCAUCUAAUGACACCUGUUAGCAACAUGGCCAGCACUCUGCGUGUGCUUGAACUUCCUAGCAUGCUCUGUGCAUUAGAAGAUGCAAUCAUGCUUAUACAGGAGCUCCCAUUUAUCCAACGCCUGAGAUUUACAUGCCAGCCAACCGAUUCUCUGCGGGGCAGGGAUCGUACGCAUGACCGGUGCAUGGGUGGUUGCGACUACACCAGCGAAUCGGAUGACGACCAAGGCGAUGAUGACGAGACUGGUGAACAGACAGCCGACUAUGUCGAUACAUAUACGAUGGUUCUGCUCAGUCAUGUUGACCCAAUAUGCGCUGAUCUCGACAUUCUGGACGACCUAUACAAGAAAUAUUAUCCUCUCUCUGAAACACUUCAAGUGCUGGGAGUCGACUCGCGCAGGCCACUUGACCAGCUGUCGGCCUGUCGGAUGGUUGUGAUAUUGUCUGCCCUCUGCUCUAGUAUACAGCACUUGUACUUUUACGAACAGCUUGGACGAUACGGUAUCACGCAACCAGGUCUCAUCAGGUUCAAGUCAUUCAAUGACUUGAUCACCAGUCUACAAGUACCACGCAGCGCAGCAUAG